CGACAGCGAGCUGACGUACCUGCUCGACAAGCUCGAGAAGCUCGAGGAGCUGGCUGUGCUGAAGGACACAUGGAAGGACGUGGCGGCCACUUGGAUGUCGAUCCUCGAGCUGCGACGCCAGAUUAGCGUCGAGCGCGGCAUCGCCGUCAUCGACUGCAUCGCGAGCGACCAGAAGGUGCUCGACGCGCUCGGCGCCGCCAAGGCGCUCUUCGACAUCGAGGGCGACGCGCCGCCCGACAUCUUGGCGCGCCGCCCUCUCUUAGACAGCCCCUCGUGACAGCGCCGCUCUCGGCCCUCCCUCCGCCUGCAGGCGCGGCUCAGCAAGGACACCGGCGGCCACAUCCGCGCCAACGGCUACAGCUACCGCAAGAAGAUCAACCUCGAGCUCGCGCGCAUCCGCCGCGUGCGCGACCUGCAGAUGCGCGGCGUGGCCCUCGUCGGGACGGCGAUUGCGGCUGCGCUCAUCUCGACCUUCAACUACCUCUACUCCGUCGCCGACGGCGUGGAGCCGUGGUGGCUGCCGCCGGCCGUCGUGCUCGGCGUCCUCUGCGUCCUCCUUCCCGCCGCGGCGGUCCUCGUCUACCUCCACCUCCUGCACAAGCGCAAGUCGGCGGGCUCGAGGCUGGGCAGCGGGCUCGGGCACGGCGCCUGAGCUUUCUCCACCGACCCCGGGAGGAGGGCCGCGCCUGGCCCUUAGUUCCCUCUCUGCCGCCGCCGCGGCCUGUGCAAGCCUUGCCUGAGGGCUCGAGGCUGGGCGCGGCGGGCGCACAGGCGCUACGGACCUGAACGCGCGGGAAACGGGGAUGUGACGCACUCUAGCGC